UGGAAAUACCUUAUUAUCUGGUGGUCCUAUUAACAUGAAGGCGAUACUCAGAGAGGCCCACUCGUCACGAUGCUAUUGUCGCUCUCACCCUACCGGAUACAAAAAGCAAUCCUUCUUUAUGAUAGCUCUACCCACGUACAAUGGUGCCAAGAAUCAUUAUUUAAGACGGAGCGCCAGUGCGCAAAGACGCAAUCACACACCAAGAGAAUGGAACACAUAUCACGCAAUCCUCCAGUUCGUGUUCGUCAAGACCUCUCCUCAGUCGUCGCCGUCCCAUCACAUCAGUUCUAUCGCCCGGCGACUGGGAAGGAUCGACACAGUCGCAUCGAGCGGUACCAGCUCGAAACCCAUCUUCUCACUGCUCAAAUUGAUACUCUGCAAUCUCACGUCACGGCCUACAUCAACGACCAACCUCCUAACGACCUAAACUACACCCCUAACCCACUUUCUAUUAUCGCGGCCCGACACAGUAGCCAACGAGACGAGAUGAAGUCCUCACGGGACCUCGCAAAAGAGGUUCGGAAACUGAGGAUGAGAAGGGAAGAACUCUUAGCUGCGAGGGAACGGAUGAAGACUGAAUACGAAGAACGUCAACUCUCAAGGCGAAUCAGAUAUUCACCUUCUCGCAUGGACAGAGUUCCUCGGUGAUCAAGCAAUUCCACAUCGUCACGUAUUGGCGUAGCUAUUUUCACCCAAAAUUUUCCCUUGCAAAUUUGCGUCACAGGUGUUGUGACUGGGUAUAUACCAGCAUGUACGGAUAUGUAAUGCAUGCCAGCUUAUGGACCUAUG